AUGCUCCGGCGGCCAUCCUCAGCGUUCGCUGCUGCGAGGGGAAUGGCCAGCAUGCGACAGCGCAGAUGCUCCAUCUUCAGUCUGGCAUGCGCAAACACUGUGAUAGGCUCGUACGCGUAUCACUCUAGCGACUCGCGCGCAUCCAUGUCGACACGACAGACUGUUACAUUUGCAAAUGAGCACGACGAGCGCCGACCACGCACGUGUCCGCCGCUUAUGUUCAAGAUCCCCUUCCGAUGCUUGGGCCUGCUAGCGCCUGUCUCGCACCUCUAUCCUCACCACACUUUCUCUCGCAACCACAAUCACUACAAGCUAGCCAACGCAAGCAAAGAACAAACUCUCAAUAUGUUCGCAAAGACUAUCAUCGCUGCCACGCUUGCUGCCCUCGCCGUCGCUGCUCCCCUCGAGAAGCGCGGUGGUUACUGGUCCGGUGACCGCUGGGUCGACGACUGCAAGGGUGGUCUCGUCGGCGAAGGUUACUACAAGGCCGACGGCAGCUGGUAUGCUUGCCCCAACAGCUCCCCUUGGUCCGCAACCAGCACGGGCGACUCCCCCAAGCCCACCACCUACGGUGCCAGCACAUCUGGCUCGGCUAACAGCGGCUCAUACAGCGGCUCCGGCACCUACUACUACCAGGGCGGCAAUGCCGGUGCUUGUGGCGCAGUCAACUCAGACUCUGCCUACAUCGUCGCCAUGAACUCUGCUCAGUUCAGCGGCAGCUGUGGCAAGCAGGUCACUAUCUACUCUGGCGGCAAGAGCGUCACUGCUACCGUCGCUGACGAGUGCCCCACCUGCGGCUAUGGCUCCAUCGAUCUGUCCACUGGCGUCUUCUCAGCGCUCGCAGACAUGAGCGCCGGCCUCAUCGGCAUCACCUGGUCCUACACUUAGAUUAGCUGUCGACCAACAUCUUAACGCAAGCAACGCAGAACAUUAGAGAAC